AAUCCAGAAACUUCAAGAAAAUCACUUUCUCCUAUUCCUUCCAUAUAUAAAUACUCAUAUGAUCAUAUCAAAAAACUCACCAAACCAUCACUUGCAAUAACAACACAAUUAAAACAAAACCCAGAUUUAAAUUCCCUCUUCCAACACACACAUACAUCCAGAAUUAAGAAUGUCUCUCUUGCAGUCUCUCUUGGACCAACCCAACUUCUUGUCCCCUCUCAGAGUUUUUAACUCAGACAUAGGCGACAACAACACCUACAUGGACUGGAAGGAGACUUCACAUGCCCACAUCUUUGAAAUUGAUCUUCCAGGCCUUACAAAAGAGGAUGUGAAGCUUGAGGUGCAUGAAAAUAGAGUGGUUCAUGUGAGUGCAGAGAGAAAGGCAGAGCCCGAAACAGAGGACCCCAAGAAUGAAACGUGGCACUGCAGGGAAAGGACAAGUGACAGCUUCUCUAGAAACUUUCGGCUGCCUGAAAAUGCCAAGGUUGAUGAGAUUAAGGCUUCCAUGUGUGAUGGGGUUUUAGUAAUUACAGUGCCUAAGGAGGAUGACUUGAAGAAAAAACACAAGCAUCAGAAGAAGGUUGAGAUAUCUGGAGAUGAUGAAAAACAUGGCUCCAAAGGGCUCGGACGCUUUGUGUGCUGCAAAGCUUAGAGAAUAUAAUUACACUAUGAGACCCUUUUUCAAUCAAUGUUUAUGAAUUCAAAUCUUUCUUGUGAGCUCUGUUUGGGGUAUGUAAUUUUGCUUUGUGAUUAAUUUUUGGAGUGAAUUUGUGCUGUUUGUAUUGUAUGUUCAAAGUAAUGUAAAUGGAGUGUAAUUUGCAACAUUGUGAUUUUAA